AUGGCAAAAGUGGAUGUCACUUCCGAUGAUCUCCAAGAAAUCUGCACGUUCAAUCGUUUGCUCCACGAACGCAACGAGCUUAGCGCACGGAUCGCAGUCGAGGAGAGUGAGCUCCAGGGUCUGGACGACGCCGAAGAGGAGCUCAUGCUCGGUCUCGGCGACGAUAUGGAGAACCCAGAAACAGACGCUUCAGAGGAAAGGGGCACUGAGGACACGCCAAGCGAUUCGCUUGCGACCGCAGAGCUGCGUGUCGGUAGUGCGUUCUUUCGAGUCCCGCAAACGUUUGUGGAGCACCAGCUAACGAUUCGGAGGAGUCGAUUAAACGAUUCCCUAGAAAAACAUCGGGAGCAGCGGGCGUCGGUCAUUAGAACCAUGUCUGAACUCAAGAAGCGACUAUACGGGAAGUUUGGGAGUGCAAUCAACUUGGAGGAAUCGUGA